UUUUGGAAGCGUGUGUCGGCUGUUUUUUUGUGUGGCUGUCUCUCACUUUUGGCACACAUUUUUGUAAAGUUUUUGCAAGUUUUUUAUGUGAUUUUGUUGUUGAAAAGUUGUACAUGUCGACACGAGCGUAGAAUUUUCAAAUGGAGUAUGAAACUUCAUAUGAUACGGGCCUGAAACCCUUCAAUCAUGAUAAGAAUCGAGGCAAAUGGGCAUCAUCGAAGGAUUUCUUUUUUGCAUGCGCCGGACAUGCAUUUAAGGCAGAUGCUAUUUUGAUUAUGCCGAUUCUUAUAUUUGAAGAUUUUGGAAUCUACGCCUUGAUUAUGUACUUCAUAACUUUGGCAUUCUGCGUAGUGCCAAUUGUGUUCUUACAAUCAUUUCUUGGUCAAUUUUCUGGCACUGGUUUUAUAUCAGUUUUUCGGAUAUCUCCACUAUUCAAAGGCAUUGGUUAUGUUUCUCUUGUAGUCAAUUUUUUAACUUUAACUUACUAUAGCAUUUUUAGUGCAAUACCGCUAUUAUAUUUUUUUAAUACCUUGAGACCAGCAAUACCUUGGAGCUGUGAGGGAUCUAAAGAGUGGGAUAGUAAUUAUUCAUCGAUUUGCAUACAUAAUGCUUCAAAUCCAACUUAUUUUAUAACAAAUCCAUCUGUGGAUUUUUUCAGAAAUCCAUUGGACAUCGAAACCUAUCGUUUUGAAGUUACCACUAUUUUGUUUUCACUGGAACUAAUGGUCUGUACAUGCAUCAUUUGGGGAAUUGUAACUUUUGUUAUUUUAAAUUCUACAGAAAUUAUAGGACGAAUUAUAAGAUAUUCAUUUUUGAGUGUAGUGGCUAUCAUGAGCAUUUGUUUAAUUCGAUUUGCAUUUCUUCCGGGAGCAUUUGUUGGAAUAUGGGAAUUUAUAUUUCCACAUAAACGCCACUUUUGGGAAACAUGGAUAAUGAUUCCAGGCAUUGCUUUUGCUACAUUAGGUCCUGGUUAUGGUUCAAUUCUAACCAUGGCAAGUUUUAAUAAUUUUAAAACAAAUAUUUUCAAAUACAGUUGGUUGCUGUGUCUGGCUCAGUGUGGACUUAUGAUGGGAAUGGCAUAUUUGUCUAUUUUUAUCAAGUGUUUUAUGGAAGCACUCCGUCCAGAAAGCAGAGGGUAUUAUGAAAAAACUGACCAUCAAUGGUUGGAAUUCUUAAAUAUUCCAACGGGCUUGACAUUUAUGGAGCUGUCACAUUUUUGGUCAUUGCUAUUCUUUAGUAUGUUGAUCUUAGGGUCAUUAAAUAUCCUGGACUGA